AUGAAAUUCUUCAACCUCGUCGCGGGCGCGCUCGCCGCCCUCGUCCCCGUCGCCCAGGCCGUCAACUUCAUCGCCGCCGACUCGCUCAUUCAAUGCGGCGACAACACCAAACUUUCAGUCACCAAGUUCUCCGUUCUCUUCACCCCUAAUAAUAAAACCCUCGAGGUCGGUUUCGAAGGUUCCACCGCCAUUUCCGGAAAGGUGGACAUGCAGGUCGACCUGAUUGUCUACGGGUACAAGGCCCUGACUGAGCACCUCGACCCGUGCGGCAGUAAAGAUCUCGCCGGCCUCUGUCCCAUGAGUCCUGGUGACUUGGACCUGAAAUCCGCCAAAAUCUCCGUCAGCAAGGAUGUCCUGGGCAAGAUCCCCUCCAUCGCGUUCAACGUGCCCGAUCUGGAUGCUCGCGUGCGCAUCACCGUCAACGAUAAGAAGUCCGGUGAUAGCAUCGCCUGCGUCGAGACACAAUUGUCCAACAGCAAGUCUGUCUACCAAGUGGGCGUCUCCUGGACCGUCGCCGUCAUCACCGGAUUGGGUAUCAUCAUGUCCGCCGUCUACUCCGUGCUGGGUCACUCGCAGACUGCCACCCACGUCGCCUUCAGUUCGAUUUCCUUCCUGACCUUCAUGCAGGCCCAGGCCAUGGUCGGCAUGAUGUCCGUUCACAUGCCGCCCAUCGUGCAGGCCUGGACCCAGAAUUUCCAGUGGAGUAUGGGCAUUAUUCAUCUGGAGAGUUUGCAGACUCUCUGCACCUGGUUCCAGCGCGCCACCGGAGGCACGCCCUCAACGCUGCUCUCCGAUCUCUCCCACACCUCGGUCAUCGUGCAGAAGCGCUCGACCAUCCUAUCCCGCGCUCUCGGCGGCCUGAUGCGCCGUGCCGACGAAGGCACCGGGCAGGUCACUGUGCGCGGCAUCGAGCGCGUGGGAUUCCGCGCCUCCAUCGAGCCCAGCAACGUCUUCAUGACCGGUUAUUUCUUCUACUACUUCAUCGUCGUCGUCAUCCUCAUCUGCGCCCUGCUGACCAAACUCGUGUGGAAGCUCCUCAGUAAGAAACGGCACCUGCCUGUGCAGCUGACCGCCGGCUGGACGACGCUGACCCGCGGCACGCUCUUCCGCCUGAUGUUCGUCGGCUACACGCAGAUGUGCGUGCUGUGCCUGUGGGAGCUGACGCACCAAGACUCCGGCGCCGAGAUGGCGCUCGCCAUCUCCAUGUGGCUGUUGACCUCGCUGGCCCUGGGCUGGGCCACGUUCAAGAUCUUCCAGCGCGCCAAGCGGUCCAUCAGCAUGCACAACAGCCCCGCCUACACGCUCUACUCGGACCCGACCUGCUUCAACAACUGGGGUUUCUUGUACAUCAACUACCGCGCCACGGCCUACUACUUCAUCGUGCCCAUGCUCAUCUACACGAUCAUCAAGGGCAUGGUGAUCGCCUUCGGACAAUCGGCGCCCGUCGCACAGGUGGCACUAAACCUCGUGCUCGAAGCCAUCAUGCUGAUCGGCAUCAGCGUGAUCCGGCCGUUCAUGGACAAGGGAACAAACAUCUACGGCAUCGCCUCGGCGGCCAUCAAUUUUGUCAACUCGGUCUUCCUGCUCAUCUUCUCGAACGCCUUCAAGCAACCGGCCCUAAUGACCGGUAUUAUGGGCGUCAUCUUCUUCGUCUACAACGCCGUCUUCGCCAUCGUCAUCUUGAUCUGGAUCCUGCUGGGCGUGUACCACGCCAUUCGUCUGAAGGAGCCUGACUCGCGCUACCAGCCUAUUAACGACGACCGGAACUCGUUCAUGCGCUCCGGCGACCAGAUGACCACGGAGCUCGACGCCCUUGGCAAGAGCGCCCGCGGUGACUUGCGCUUCCAGUCCCUCGGCGACGGCGACGACUGGAGUCCUGCGCGCGAGAAAACCGGCUGGAGCAACAACAGCGAUCCCUACAACCACAGCAACAACAGCAACUAUAGCAGCAGCAACGGCCCGCACACGAUGGCGGGUGCGCGAUCACAGACCGACAUCGUGGAUCUCUCGGUGCCGCUGGUCCCGAGUGGUCAUAAUCAAUAUGACGCGCGGUAUCAGCAACAGUCGCCAUAUCAAGCACAACAACCGCAUCGGAUGUUUUAA